CAUAUAUGAAGAAAAUUCAACCAGAAACGUCAGAACCCAAAUAUAAAACUUUUCUAUUCAAGCAUAAAACUAUAGAAAUUAUUAGAGAAGAUCGAAUCAAUACAACUAUAAAAAAAGGAUAUAGUGAAAUUAUAGAUCAAAUAGAAGGUAGUAGUUGGCUAUCUUUACCAGAAGAUUUAGAUAAGCCACAGCUCGGUUUAAUUAAUUCGCAAAAUUUCAAAGACAAUAAAUGCUUUAGAGAUUGUGUUAAUAUAUACCAUGCAAGAGAAGAUGCACUAAAAGCAGGACAAAAACCUACACAUUUUGAACAUGUAAGCAAGAUUAGACAAUAUGGUAAUAUAGCUAAUUUUGAAGGCAUAAAUUUUCUAGCAAUACUAUAUGAUGUUGAUAAAUUCGAGGAAAAUAACCCAAACUAUGCUAUAAAUAUAUUUAGGCCAGUGUAUAAAGAAGUAUUCAGAAAAAUAAAAGUAGAUAUAGACCCAUUAUAUAUCUCUGAAAGAAAUUAUCAAGUUGAACAUAUGUUAGAUUUAUUAUAUUUAAAAGAAG